AUGAUCGAUCCAGUUCAGGCAUUCGCCGCUGCGGCUUCGCACGCACCUCWCCCGACUGUUGUCCCAGUCCCAUCCAUCGAGUACCAGGAUGCCACCGAGACUGGCAUGCGUACCCUUUGGGUCGUUUUCGUGGUCAUGCUUGUGUCCUCGCUCGUCUUCACCGUCAUGGGAUGGAGCGUCCCAAUGUCCAAGCGUCUGUUCCACGUCAUCACCACCAUGAUCACCGUUUUCGCGACCCUCUCCUACUUCGCCAUGGCCAGCGGCCACGGUAUCAGCUACCACCGCACCACCGUCCGCGAGUCCCACAAGCACGUCCCAGACACGACCUCCGAGGUCUACCGCCAGGUCUACUGGGCUCGUUACGUCGACUGGACUCUGACCACCCCACUCUUGCUCUUGGAUCUCGCUCUCCUUGCUGGCAUGAACGGUGGCAGCAUCUUCGUCACCAUCAUCGCUGAUGUUAUCAUGGUCCUGACUGGUCUCUUCGCUGCCUUUGGCUCCGAGGGUACUCCUCAGAAGUGGGGCUGGUACACCAUUGCCUGCAUUGCCUACCUUGUGGUUGUCUGGCAGCUCGUCGUCUCCGGACGCAAGACCGCUUCCGCUCGCGGUGGCAAGGUCGGCAACUUCUACGCUGCCAUUGGUCUCUUCACCCUCGUCCUCUGGACCGCCUACCCAAUUGUCUGGGGUGUUGCUGACGGUAGCCGCAAGGCCAACGUCGACGAGGAGAUCAUUGCCUACGCUGUCCUUGACAUCCUCGCCAAGCCAGUCUUCGGUGCUUGGUUGUUGUUCACCCACCAGCGUACCUCUGAGAUGAGCGUCGACCUCGGCGGCUUCUGGUCGCACGGUCUCUCCAACGAGGGCGCCAUCCGUGUUGGUGACGACGAUGAGGGUGCUUAA